AGUUCCGGAGAAGGAGGAGGACAAGGACGACGAUGCGCUCGAUUCUGGCAGUGACCGUAGUCUGCCUGUUUGCUUACGCAAGCGGCAGCUACAUGACCAAGGAUGUCAAGUACGCCGACAAGCUUUUCCUGACGAAGCAGAAGGCCAUCCUGGAGAUCUUCCAGCAUGUGCAUCAGCCGGAGCUGCACACCUCGUUCUGGGAGGAGUCCAAGCAGUUUGACGUGGAGCAGUAUCUGGACCAUUACACCAACAAGGAAGCCGUCCAGGACUUUUUGCGGUACUUCAAGCACGGUAUGCUGCCCAUGGAGGAGAUCUUCUGUGUGCACAACGAGCUGCAUCGCGAGGAAGUCAUCGCGCUGUUCCAUCUGUUCUACUACGCCAAGGACUGGGAUACCUUCUACAAGACCAUGGUUUGGGCCCGUUUCCACAUGAACGAGGGUAUGUUCGUGUACGCGUUGACCGUCGCUGUCUUGCACCGCCCGGACAUGCAAGGCAUCGUCCUGCCAGCUCCGUAUGAGAUCUAUCCGUAUUACUUCUUCAACGAUGUCGUCAUCAGCAAGGCUCAGCGUUACAAGAUGCAGGGCUUCUACAAGAUGAAGAAGGUCAACGAAGUGUACACCGCGUACAUCCCCAGCAACUACACCGGAUACUACGUGCACACCAGCCCCGAACAGCGUCUCGGCUACUUCACCGAGGACAUCGGUCUCAACUCGUACUACUACUACUUCCACGCUGACUACCCGUUCUGGAUGGGAGGCAAGGAGUUCGGUCUGUUCAAGGAUCGUCGCGGUGAGUUCUUCCUGUACCAGCACCAGCAACUGCUUGCCCGUUACUACCUGGAACGUCUGUCCAACGAUCUCGGAGUGAUCCCACCGUUCUCGUGGCACAAGGCCAUCACCACCGGAUACUAUCCGUACCUGCGCUACUACAACGGAGUUCCGUUCCCGGUGCGUGACAACUACUACAGUGCCUCGGUCGACAAGAGCUACACCGUUGAGAUGAUUGAAGACUACGAGCACCGCAUCAUGGAGGCCAUCGACUACGGAUUCAUUGUUCUGCCCGAUGGAAGCUACGUCAACAUCACCACCCCCGAAGGCGUUGAGUACCUCGGUAACCUUAUCCAAGCCAACGGAGACAGCGUUAACGGACGCUUCUACGGAUACCUGGAGGUCCUGGCCAAGUUCUUCCUCGGCGGAUCCUUCAAGAUGUACAACGAGUACCGUUCCAUCCCGUCCGUCCUGGAACGCUUCGAGACUGCCAUGCGUGACCCGAUGUUCUACCAGCUGUACAAGCGCAUCAUCCAGACCUUCUACUACCGCUUCAUGGACACCCUGCACCCGUACACCAAGACCGAACUGACUUUCCCGGGCGUCAAGAUCGAAACGGUCGAGAUGGACAAACUGGUCACCUACUUUGACAAGUUCGACGCCGACAUUACCAACGCCGUCGAUGUUGAAGUCUUCGACGAAACUACCAUGAAGUCUUCGGAUUUCAAGAAAUUCGGCAAGAUCGCCCACUACCAGGGACAGGACUUUGUUCUGUACGCCCGCAUGCCCCGCCUGAACCAUCUGCCCUUCACCUUCAACCUGAACGUGGUGUCCGACAAGGCCCAGAAGGCCGUCGUCAUGCUGUUUGUUGGCCCCAAGUACGAUCAGUACGGUAACCUGUACGGAAUCAACGCCAACCGUGAAAACUUCUUCGAGCUGGACCAUUUCCUCGUUGAUCUGAUCCCGGGCAAGAACGUCAUCACCCGCAACUCCCAGGACUUUAGCUGGUUCGUCAAGGAUCGCACCACCUACUUCGAGCUGUACAAGCAGGUCAUGCUGGCGUACAACGGCGAGACCAAGUUCCCGCUGGACAUGUCCGAGGCCCACUGCGGCUUCCCGUCCCGGCUGAUGCUCCCCAAGGGCAAGAAGGGCGGUAUGCCGUUCCAGUUCUUCUUCAUGGUCGCCCCGUACCACGCCCCGAAGGUCGAGCGCUUCACCGGCUACGAGGAGGUCGUCUCGUGCGGCGUCGGCUCGGGAGCCCGCUACGUCGACACGCUGCCGUUCGGAUACCCGCUCGAGCGCAAGAUCGACGAAGCCGAGUGGUUCGUGCCAAACAUGUACUACUACGACACCAUGAUCUACCACAAGAGCGAAACCGAGGUCAACUCCGUCGUUGUCUAAGGCGAGUAUUAGGUUUUGGCACCCAGCAUCUUUUAUUUUGGAAUGAAAAGCACUAAUAAAAUUAUCUGAACGAA